AUGGGCAUUCUCGACUUUUUCACGAACUUCAGUCCGCUGAGUUCGGCCAUCGACAUUGUCUGUAUUGAACAGCCAGAUGGUACCCUUCGCGCUUCUCCGUUCCAUGUCCAAAUUGGCUUCGCGACUUCGACCCGGCCUGCCGGUCGGACCGUCAACAUCAAUGUCAAUGGCGAAAGAACGGAAGUGACGAUGAAGCUCGGACGUGGAGGCGACGCAUUUUUUGUAAACAUCGAUGAAGAUGGCAUAAUUUCACCACCAGAAACGCCUAAAAAGGGAUUCCACCACCAUCACGCUAGAAGGAGGAAAAAUAGCAACUCGGAACCUGUUUUUGAUCCGGCAUCAGCGUUGUCUGAUUCCGAGAUCGAAUGUACAAGUCGCCCAAAUAUACAGGGAUAUUUAUCCGACCCAGAAAUCGAGUUCGGUUCAUCCGCCCUGCGACCUCCUCCGACACCAAGCCACGUUAAAGUUUGGAAGUGGGGCCAGUUGCCAGUGGAAGAGUCCAUCUCAUCGACAAGCAAUAAGUCUGAGCACUCGUACAAAAGCGCGACGUCAAGAGAGUUCGAAGUACGCACAUCAAACAGCGACCCGGUAAUUAGUAGCGUGCCUGAGCCAUCCUCUGGACCAAGCGAGAAUAUCGAGCAACCAUCUGGCUAUGAUGCUGAUUCGAUGAUCGAUUCCACGGACGAUGAAGAGGAAGAUGACGAAGAUAGUAAUACAGAGACGGAGCCCUUCUUCGGCUGCGGCGUUCAAAUUUCUCUUUGCGGAGGCCCGGGAGUCCCAGAAGACAAAAUAACAGCGGAGCAGUUCGAUCGCUACCGAGUUAGCUGGGAGACCUACUCGAAAGAUCCAAGAAGCAUCAUCGAGAAUCCCAGACUCGUCAUUCGCGAAAACGAUCGAUACAUGAAUUUCCUUACAGUGGCAUCCAUUCUCGUGGCCAGAAUCUUCUUCGAAAGUGAUUUGGACCAAGAAACAAUACAGAAACUAAAAACUCCAGCGAGACGCCCAUGGUUCUUCGGCUUCGGCAAAAGCAAGCAGAACAGCAGAUCUUCGAUAGCAAACAAUAAUGAAAAUAACUCGUUAGAUGACUCGUUAAAUGAGGAGAAUAGUACAUCACCAACGAAGCCGAAUACAUUCGACAGAUUCAAAGGAAAAACACUGACAUUAGAGCACGAAGAUUUGGUCAAAUUAAAUCUCAAACCUGGAAGAAACAAAGUGGAGUUUAUUGUCUGCUCAAAAAUGCAAGGCCUUGGGUAUGCGGAAGCGAGCAUUUACUUAUGGCACCAUACUGACAAAAUUAUUGUUUCUGAUAUUGACGGAACAAUAACCAAAAGUGAUGUGGUAGGCCAAGUCUCAAACAUUAUUCACGUCGAGUACUCGCACGCCGGGAUCCACCAAUUGUACCAGAACAUUGCCAGAAAUAACUACAAAUUCAUGUAUGUAAGCUCGCGGGCCAUCAGCCAAAGUCACAUGACAAAGACCUAUAUCAAUUGGUCAGAAAAAGACGGAAAAUAUCUACCAAAGGGGCCUGUUUUGUUAAAUCCUUCAUCACUGGUUUCGGCCUUGCUGCGCGAAGUAUGGACUCGUAAUCCAGAAGAGUUCAAAAUCGAUUGCCUCACUGGAAUCAGAAACUUAUUCCCUGAGUUUUACCCGACGCCGUUCUACGCCGGCUUCGGGAACAAAAUGACAGAUGAGACUUCCUAUCUACACGUUGAAAUCCCAAAAAAGAGGAUAUUCACAAUCAGUAAAAAAGGCGUCGUCAAAAACUCUGAUCCUUCGCUCCAAAAGAUAUUCAAGACAAAUUAUAGCUCCAUGGCGGAAAUCGUUGACUUCUUCUUUCCCCAGAGAAGUAUGACUACUUCGACAUCUUCUCUUCAACACUUAGAGAACAAGUUCUGGCGAGAUGACCUCCCGGACAUUGACUUUUGUGAAGAAGUUUUCACGGGCAAAGACGAAACAGAAGAAAGUAAUGAAAGGGAAAGAGAAGAAAACUCAACCCGAAGAGUCCGCUCAUACUUUGACUCCCCAGCAACCAACGAGAAAAAUGAAUCCGCGCCCGUCGAAAAUCCAGUACAAGAGCCUGAGCCUACUCAAUAA